AUGAAUGACGAUGACGACGUGGAAGAGUUCAGCAAAAAGUAUGUGGUGGAAAAAAGGCUGGUUACACAGUACCUGGAACAUCUUCGCGAACUAGAAAGAAGGAAAAAAAAGAGGGAAGAUAGCAGAAAGCGCGCAAAUCUGGAAGAAAAGAGAAAGACCUUUGAAGAUUACAACUGGAAAGCUAUUUACAGGGAAGGAAAAAUAAAGAAACUGAAAGUUGUUGUAUUGGACAUGUAUAUAUCAAUGAGAAAUUUGAAGCAGUCGAAAGGGGCGUUAAAGCAAGAAAAAGUCGAUAUCGUAUCACUUGACAUAGCAAAGUCGCUAGUCCCUGAUAACCGUCAACUUUCUGAUGAUGACAGAGAUAGUAACGACCAGGAUUCUGGUGACGACGAUGUUGUCGUGCAGGAGAUUGGAAGUGAUGAGGAUGAUAUUGAUUCCGACGACGAUGAAGGACAAAUUUAUGAAGGUGAUGCGGGAGAAGAGGAGGAGGAGAAAGAAAACAUUUCCAACCUUUUGCAGACCACAAGAUCUGGUAGAGUUUGCCGGACAUGGAAGGGACGAGCCAGUGCUAUAGACUAA